GAAAGCAGCAGCAGAGAGUGAGAGUACAACGUUUGAGUAUUUUAGCGGUGUUUUAUUUUUAAAUAAUAUGUUGGUGUUGUAAAUAAUGGUAUUAGUAUUGUUACUGAGAGUUCUGGAGGGUUUUUUGCCGUGUUUUCGCCAUCAUUCGUGUUUUUCGACACGUGUUUUUAUAGAUUUCAUUGGUCGUCAUUUUGUAAAUAGUGGAAGGAGAAAUGUUGAGGAGAUCUACCAGGGAGAGGAAAGGACAGGAGGAGACAGCAGGAGUGUCGCCAUCUCAAUCACAAGAUUCUUCUGAUGAAGGGUCAACCACCAGUACCAGCAGUGAUACAGUGUGGAAACGGAGUCGGAUCCGUGGCCGUGGCCGUGGCCGUGGCCGAAGCAGUAGAGGUGCUGAUGCUGCUGGUGAUGCACCUCAUAGCCGGUCACCAAUUCGCCGAGAGGCCUGGAAAACGGUGGCAGACCCUGACAUUGCCAACCCUCACCCACCCAGAUUCACCCCCAAGCGUAGGCCUGGGCCCCAACCCCCUCUCACCUAUGGCCCCCAAACGCCAGGUGAUAUAUUUGCUAAUUUUUUUGACGCCGAGGUACUCAAGCUCUUGUGUGCAAACACAAACAAAUAUGCAAAGAAAAAUUUGGGGAUGGGGAAAAAGUUUGUUUGGACUAACAUCACCCCACAGGAGCUUACAAAAUACCUGGGCGUGUUGUUGUUUAUGUCUGUGUGCAAGCUCCCAAAGAUGGAAGACUUUUGGAGGAAGAAUAUCAUUUUUAAGGUGCCCUUUCUGGCUACAGUCAUGUCAAGAGACAGGUUUAGAGCAAUCACCUCCAACUUGCACAUGAGUGAUCCAGAGGAGGAUGCGGUCAAUGACACGAAAAAGGGGACAAAGGACUAUGACCCCAUGCAAAAGGUCAGAUCUCUCAUGGAUAUAAUCAGAAACCGCUGCAUGAGCAUUUACCAUCCAAAGCAGCACAUCUCGGUGGAUGAGAGGAUGGUUGCCACAGAGGCUAGGAUCAAAAUGAAACAGUAUAUGAAAGCCAAGCCGACAAGGUGGGGGCUACUAUUUUAUGUGUUGGCUGAUGUGAAUGGGUACACAGUUGACUACAGGCUGUACACAGAUAAGAACCACGGUGCUUCAGGGAAGGGGCGUUCAUUUGACGUGGUGGCGGAGCUGGUGAACAAGGACUAUCUGGGGAGUGGCUACAUUGUCUACUGUGACAAUUUUUACACCAGCCCUCUCCUGUUCCGUCAUCUGAGCCAGCAGGGGUUUGGGGCUUGUGGAACUUACAGGCAGAGCAGAGUUGGUGUCCCAACAACUCAGGAGAAUGCCCUGGACAGAAAAUCAAAGAGAGGCUCCAUCAGGUGGAUCAGGGAUGGUGACCUGCUUUUUGUAAAAUGGAUGGACGCCAGGGAGGUCUCCAUGUGCACAACUGUCCAUCCUGUAUACACAGAGGAGACUGUCCUGCGGUGGCAGAAGACCGAUGAUGGGCACCGUCAGAGGGUCCCUGUCCCCAGACCCACAGCUGUGGGUGAGUAUAACAAGUACAUGGGGGGAGUGGACACCUCUGACCAGAUGCUGGGAACAAACUUAGUGCACAGAAAAACCAGGAGAUGGCCCAUGACCGUUUUUCAGCACCUUUUGGACAUUGCUGUCACUAACAGCUUUAUUGUGCACAAGGAGCUCAUUAUCCACAUGAGGCAGCAGCGGAAGCCAAUGACACGCCAGGCUUUCCAGGAGGAGCUGUGUGCAAAGCUGCUCGGCGUGCCACUGGCUGGCCCACCUACGCCCUCCACUCAAGGCCACUUUCCUGUCCCCACCAACAAAAGAGAGUACACUGAGAAAAGUCAGAAGGCAAGUCUGGGGAGGAAACAGUGCACUCUCUGCCAUAGAAGCACACCCUGGAUGUGUAUGGACUGCAAUGUUGGGCUCUGUCUUCAGCUGGAAAGGAACUGCUUCAGGGACUUCCACUGCUACUAAAAAAACGCCUCGACAUGGACACGUGUAACAACCCGUAGCAUGGACACUGAAAGCUCCAGGCAAACAAAACAGUUUGAGAAGAUGUUAAAUAGGUUGAGUUUCAUUUUUGUAAUC